AUGACGAUCGCGAUUUUACUACUCCACGCAACAUUCCAGUCAACCAUGGACACUUGCCUGCCUAGGUCGCCGGCUGAUGACGUCAAGAAGGGAGGGGUUCCGUUUAUACUUUGCUUGUCGCGACUCAGAAAGCAACAAAAGAGACCUUGGAUUGCUGCGUGGGGGAACACUGCAACAGCAUCCCACCUGUCGAGUGACAUGGUCACUGGACCUCGUCCUGCGGAAAGACUGCAAGUUACCUGCCUAGACGAGUCAAAGCUGUGCGAAACACGACGUUAUUAUAUAAUUUCCGCGACGGUUAGAGCGCUUGCCACCUGCCAACCAAGGACGAUGAUUGCCUCGUCCAUCGUGCAGGCUCCCCCUUGCUCGCGACGCAAGGUCCCCUACGGGCUCUACCGAGGAGCGUGCCUGAGCCUCCGACCACCCCUUCGCUCGUGGCUCUGCCUUGGCUCGCGCAGGGAUACUAAGUUUUCCGAUCCAGGUCUUUAUGCCCGCCGUGAGACUCUGCGAUGCAUCCACGAGCCGUUUGGCGAUGCGUUCUACUACGGUCCGGAGCGCCUCAGUGAGAGAUACGAGGAGGAUGAGCAGGCGAGGGUCGCCAGUGGCUUUAGCCGCUCGACUUUCAAGACCGUCUUUGAUCGGAUUGAGAGGGAGUGCGCUGAGGCUGAGGCUGAGGGAAAGCGCAUCUUCAUCAAAGACAUUGUCCAUUACCUGGUCCCUCCGGACGGCAAACCCGCCAGCAUCGCCCCGUCUCUGCUGAAGGUGAAACGCGGCAUAGGCACAAAUGGCGAAGUCAACGGGCAUAGCGACAGUCACGCCAACGGAGUGAAUGGCGUGACUGUCAACGGGAAUGGGCUUGUUUCUUCUAGCAAGCCCUACCCGUACGGGACGGAGGCGGAACCGGGCAACCCGACCGUCGUGCCCACCGAGCUCUUCUCCCGAUUUCACUUCGCCUUCCUCAUCCGCGAUCCGCACUACAGCAUCCCGUCGUACUACCGGUGCACCAUCCCGCCGCUGGACGAGGUGACGGGCUUCUACGAGUUCUACCCGUCGGAAGCGGGCUACGACGAGGUGCGGCGUGUGUUUGACUACCUGCGCAAGGUCGGCCUCAUCGGACCGAAGAUCGCGACUGACGAUGCUCCCUACCAGAACGGCGUGAACGGGACCGCGAAUGGUACUGGCCACGGAAAAACCCAGGGCGUCGAGAUCUGCGUGGUAGACGCGGACGACCUGCUGGAAAACCCAGCUGGGGUACUCGAGGCGUUCUGCAAGAGCGUUGGCCUGAAGUUCGAGCCGGAGAUGCUGAGCUGGGACACGGAGGAAGACCACGCGAGAGCCAAAGAAGCGUUCGCGAAGUGGAAGGGGUUCCACGAGGAUGCGAUCCAUUCGACUGGACUGACAGGACGUUGUCAGAAAAAGAACUUCAAAUCCGAGGAAGAGUUCGACGCCGAAUGGCGCGCGAAAUACGGCGAAAAGGGCGCGCGCAUCAUCCGCGAGACGGUCAACCGCAACAUGCCGGAUUACCUGUACCUGAAGCAGUUUGCGCUGAAGGUGUAG